AGUAAUUGGCGUCCUGGUCCCGGAACCAGAGCAGCAGUGCCCCACAUGCUGUCCUCACCCCCCCCCCAGCGGAGUGGCUGGGACUUCUGUUCUUUCUUUCUGAGGAGGGGGGCACAGGAGGGAAGAAAGGAAAGGUCAUUUCUAACAAGACGCCUCCGCCUGCUUUUUUGCUUCCUCUGCUUCGUGAGCUGCGCAUCCCUCUGCUGGCCAUCAGCUGCCCAGUCCUGGAUUCUCCAUUGUCCCCAGGUCAUACUCUGAGGGGCCUCCUUCCCGUGCUGUCCCCUCUCGCCUCGUGCCUGCAUGCCAGUCCCACUUCUCCCCAGUGCCCUGGGGACAGCCAUUUGGGUGAGGCUCUGAGGUGGGGCCACUUCCUCUGCCUGUCAGAGUGCUCAGCAGCAGGGCGGAGAGGGGGAACAUGCUGGGCCUUGUCCAGGAAGCUCCUCUGAGCUUCCCAGGUGACCCAGUAUCCCCCUGAGCAGUGUCCCUGUCAUAGCCACCUCCCUCCCCAGGAGCACGGGGAACAGGCACGCUUGGUGGCUCUGAGUACUCCCUUGAAGGGGGUGGAGGAGGGGGCUUCUCCCAGAGCCCUGCCCUCCCUCCUGCCGACAGCCCACCUUGGCAUCCUCGUGUCCUCAAACGCAGGCAGCCCUGGAGUCCGGUCCUGGGCUCACACAGGCAUCCUCCUGGCCCCCUGCUGGUGGUUUCUCAGAUACCAUCUCCCCAUCCUGGUGGCAGAUGAGACCUUGAGAUGGGCAACCUGGGCCUGGCCACUCUCAGUCACUGAGGAGAAACUGAGGCCUAGGAAAAUGGGGAUGGGUGGAGGACCCAGCCUCCUCAGUAGCUCAUGCUUCCUCCUUGCCUAUGACGUGUCUCUGCACCCACGGUGGCAUGCAUCGGAGCCUGGGGGCGCCCAGGAGCCAGCUCCUGCUUCAUAAACACGGGCGUGUGUGUCCCAGCGACUGUGAACAAGCAGAGGGGCCGGUGAGCCGGCUGCACUGGUUUCUGCGGCCCCAGACUAGUGUUGCCCAAGCAGCUGGGGGCGGGCCGAGGCAGGGAUUAAAGGCCUGGAUCUGCCUGCGGGACACAGGUGCUCGGCAGCCAGGAAGCCGGUCAGCAACCAGACCAGCUUUAGGCAUCCCUGUCCCCGUGAGCGUGAGCACGUCAACAUGUCAGAGGCACCCCGGGCGGAGACCUUUGUCUUCAUGGACCUGGAGGCCACCGGGCUUCCGAACGUGGACCCCGAGAUCGCUGAGCUGGCCCUGUUCGCUGUCCACCGCUCUUCCCUGGAGAGCCUGAAGCGGGACGAGGCAGGCACCCCCAUGCUGCCCCGGGUCCUGGACAAGCUCACGCUGUGCAUGUGCCCCGAGCGGCCCUUCACCACCAAGGCUAGUGAGAUCACCGGCCUGAGCAGCGAAGGCCUGGCACAGUGCCGGAAGGCCAGCUUCGAUGCCACCGUGGUGCAGGCACUGCAGGCCUUUCUGAGUCGCCAGGCGGGCCCCGUCUGCCUAGUGGCCCACAAUGGCUUCGAUUACGACUUCCCCCUGCUCUGCACAGAGCUGCAGCGCCUGGGUGCCCACCUGCCCCCUGACACCAUCUGCCUGGACACGCUGCCCGCACUGCGGGGCCUGGACCGCGCCCACAGCCAUGGCACACGGGCCCAGGGCCGGAAGGGCUACAGCCUGGGCAGCCUCUUCCACCGCUACUUCCAGGCCGAGCCGAGCGCCGCACACUCUGCCGAGGGCGAUGUACAUACCCUGCUCCUGAUCUUCCUGCACCGGUCGGCUGAGCUGCUGGCCUGGGCUGAUGAGCAGGCCCGCAGCUGGGCUCACAUCGAGCCCAUGUAUGCCCCGCCUGAGGCUUGAGCAAUGUGAUCUUGCCCCCAUCAGCCUGUACCCUUUCAGCUGGGCUCUGAGGUUUCCGCAUCAACUGGCUGGGUGGGUGACACCAACUGGGUUUCUGUCCACUAGGCAGCUGGCUUCACCCAGUUCUGCCUGGUCUUUAAAUCGCCCCCCCCCCCCUGCGAACACACCUCGUUCUCCUGGUUGGAUGGGUGCUCCAGCCACUUGGCCAUGGCCUGUGGGGCUCCGCCUGGUGCCCUUUUCAAUAAACAUCGCAACCAAUUCUGGCCUCACUUCCCCAUGUACCCACACGGCCCCAUUUUAUUCCUGUGGUCAGCUUGGGGAGGAGAAGGCAGGCUAGGCCUGGG